GCGCACCCGACUGACUAAUAGGCUGACGGGAUCGAGAGACACCCAGAGAGCCAGCAGUAGGGAGUGUAUGAAUCUUGCCGUGAAGUUCAAGCUCCCUUCGACGAGUCCGCGUGCGUGAGGUAAAGAUGAGUACAUCAGAGACGUUGGACAGAAUGGAGCUCUGUGAAAGUCUUUUAACGUGGAUCCAAACGUUUGGAGUGGAGGCGCCAUGCAAGACAGUAGAAGACUUGACCAGCGGAGUCGUCAUGGCACAAGUCCUGCAAAAAAUAGAUGUAGUGUAUUUCAGCGAUGCUUGGAUUAGCAGAAUCAAACCAGAGGUUGGGGACAACUGGCGGUUAAAGAUCAGCAAUCUAAAGAAAAUCCUAAAAGGCAUCCUGGAUUAUAACCAGGAGAUCUUAGGCCAGCACAUUAACGACUUCACGUUACCGGACGUAAACCUGAUUGGAGAGCACUCAGAUGCAGCAGAACUUGGGAGGAUGUUACAACUCAUACUGGGCUGUGCUGUGAACUGUGAACAGAAGCAAGAAUAUAUCCAGACGAUAAUGAUGAUGGAGGAAUCUGUGCAGCAUGUCGUCAUGACGGCCAUCCAAGAGCUGAUGAGUAAAGAGACGCCAGUCAUUGGAGGAAAUGAAUCGUAUGUGGAUCUAGACAGACAGUUGAAAAAGACUGCAGAGGAGCUGAAUGACGCUUUGGCAACCAAGGAGGAGAUCUCCCAGAGAUGUCGUGAGCUUGACCAGCAGGCCCUUCGUGUCCAAGAGGAGCGUGAUAGACUGAGGUUAGAGUUUAAUGAGCUAGAAGAGAGGGUGGCAGCUUUGCAAGAUGAGAAGAGCAGCUUGUUGGCAGAAAACCAGGUCCUUUUGGAGAGACUUAACCAGUCUGAUUCCAUUGAGGACAUUAACAGUCCUGCUGGACGCAGACACCUGCAGCUGCAGACGCAGGUGGAGCAGCUGCAGGAAGAAACUUUCAGGUUGGAAGCAGCCAAAGACGAUUAUAGGAUCCGUUGUGAGGAGCUGGAAAAGGAACUGCUGGAUGUGAAAUCCCAGAACGAAGACCUGACAUCACUGGCUGAUGAAGCACAAUCCCUAAAGGAUGAGAUCGAUGUCCUCAGACACUCGUCUGACAAAGUAUCAAAGCUAGAGGGCACGGUGGAGCACUACAAGAAAAAACUGGAGGACAUGGGCCUCCUCAGGAGACAGAUCAAGCUUUUGGAGGAGAAGAGCGCAGUCUUAAUGCAGACCAACGUCGGCUUGGAGGAAGAGCUUCGAAAGGCUAAUGCUACCAAGGGCCAGCUGGAGACUUACAAGAGACAGGUCGUUGAACUUCAGAACAGACUGUCAGAGGAGUCCAAAAAGGCCGACAAGAUGGAAUUUGAAUAUAAACGUCUCAAAGAGAAAGUGGACUCUCUACAAAAAGAGAAAGAUCGUAUGAGAUCGGAGAGGGACUCGCUGAAAGAGACCAUCGACGAGCUGCAUUGCGUCCAGGCUCAAGGACAGCUUACGUCCAGUUUGUUUCCACUGGGCAGCAACAACGGCUCUGAUUCGCUGGCUGCUGAGAUCACCACUCCUGAGAUGCGAGAACAUCUGAUUCGUCUUCAGCAUGAGAACAAGAUGCUGAAGCUGGCUCAGGAAGGAUCGGACAACGAGAAGAUCGCUCUGCUACAGAGUCUACUGGAAGAUGCCAACAGAAGAAAGAGUGAGCUAGAGACAGAGAACAGGUUAAUAAAUCAGCGUUUGAUGGAGGAACAGAGUCAGGUAGAAGAGCUCCAAAAGACUGUCCAAGAGCAAGGUUCCAGAGCAGACGAUUCGUCUGUUGUUCUGAAGAAGAAAUAUGAUGAACACAUGGAAAAACUCAAAGAAGUGAACAACGAGUUACUGAAGAAAAAUGCCAUUAUAGAUGAAAUGGAGCCAAAGUACAACGCCAGCUCCCAACUAGUGGACGAGCUGGAAGAGGCCUUGAAAAAGAAGGAUGAAGAGAUGAAGCAGAUGGAAGACCGAUAUAAGAAAUAUCUAGAGAAAGCAAAGAGUGUUAUCCGAACUCUAGACCCGAAACAGAACCAGGGCUCGGGUCCAGAAGUCCAGGCCCUGAAAAACCAGCUGCAGGAGAAGGAAAGGAUGUUGCAUUCGUUGGAGAAAGAGAUGGACAAGACGAAGAGCCAGAGAGACCACGAGGAGAAGCUAAUUGUCUCAGCCUGGUACAACAUGGGCAUGUCUAUGCAGAGGAAAGCAGCUGAAGAACGACUCGCCAACACAGGCUCUGGUCAGUCCUUCCUGGCUCGACAGAGACAAGCCACCAGCUCACGCCGGUCCUACCCAGGCCACGUCCAGCCAGCUACCGCAAGAUCCACGAGGUAAAGAUUGCGGUGCAAGGCUGCAUCAUUCUUGCACCACUUCUUUCCUGACAAAACUUAUCUUACCUUGACUCCCGUGAUGCAGGACUUCAACUUUAUUUGGUAGACCACCCCACCCCUCCCAACCACAUGUCCAACUUGUCCUGUGAGACAAAUGGUUCCCUCCUAAGGCUCAGAAGAACCAUGCCAUUUGGACAACCUCUAGUCUUUUUUUGAUGAAGGGAAUUCAUGCAGUGUUGAUGCACUUUUCUACCUGUGACACCGUCUGAUGUUCACUUUUCCUUUUGACAGGAAACUGACUGUCCUUCGUGAUGUCUGAACUUUAAUUUUCUUAAAAAGUGCAAACAGCAAAAUGUGUGAACUUUGUUUCAUCUGACCUUAAAUCAGUCUUAAAUACGUACAGCUGCGGGGACACAGGAGGACAUGUUAUCCCACCCGUGUUCGGGUUCUCUCUUAAUGUCUGAGUGAGGUGAUGGGUUGUAGUCUGACUACAUGACCUGGAAGAUGUCUGCCAACUGUUGGUCGAAGCAAUAAUUUUUUAUGGUCAUUUAUUAUGUUUUCUUUGGGAGAAGAAGCUUCAACAGGUCUUGAGGUUUGUUUCUGUAGGUAGAUUUAUUUAUAAAUGCUGCUGUUAGUCAGGAGGUCCCGUCUAGCAAAACCACUUCAUGGUUUAAUCUCCACCAGCGGUUAGUCCGGCAGCAACUUGUGUGCCAUACUGAUUGAUUUUUAUUUUUACCUUCUAGCUGAGGUUUGCAGGCUUUCCCUCUAAUAUGAACUAAAAUUGAUCACCGUGAGAUUAAAACAGAUCAGUUGAGAACCCUUUGUUUUUGUUAAGCUGCUUGAGUGAACUCUUCAUAGGAUUUGCAUCCGUCUGUUGCCUCUGUCUCAUCCUCUCUCUAACACAUUUAUUCAAUUUUUGUUAUUUUAGGACAUAUCAUCCAAUUCACUUUGAGUUUGUUUGAUCUGUGCUUUGUUGCCGACUAGCCCCGGCAUCUCAUCAUGACUUCUCUCUCUUCUCAUUUAACAGCGAUAUCACUGCAUGACUGAUGCACCAGUGACCUUGGCUGGUGUGGUCUGCAAUGAUCCCCCCUUCCUCCCGGCUGGGCUAAACUGAGGCACAAUGCAUGAAACCUGCCUGCAUACUGUUUGCAUGACUCUUGCAUUGAUUCCAGUCUGCAGAUAACCACCAGCAGCAGCAGCAUGAGCACUAACAACCCUUCUGCAGUGUCUGUGCACAGGGAUGGGGUCACAAAAACAAACCCCUUUUCCAACUAAUUAUUUUCCAUCAGUUUGGGUACCUGUCCUGUUCUCGUGUUGCUGUCUCCAUCUCACCUCCAAAUUCUCCUACCUCCUCUCACUCCCAGUGGACAUGCCUGCUUGUGCUUCCACGUCUGUUACGAUUCAGCAUGUUACAAACAUCGCAGAAGAGUAUGAUACAGCAGUAUUUCCUGUCAGAGGAGCUAUUUUUUGUUUGUUAGUAUUUAUGAGGAUCUGUUACAAGAGACUUCAAUGACUUAUUGCCUCAUGUCCAUCUUUGUUUACAUGAUUUAGGGAAUUUUUAAGAGCCUCCAGAUCAAUUUGUAAAGCAAAAAGACGUAUUUUCUUUAUUUUUUAAACCACUGCAUUAAUUGUGUAUCCAACUUCUUUCACUUGCUACUCAGCUGCAUCUUAAAAUAGCUUUUUGAAAAAAUAAAAAUAAAAAACCUAAGUAUUACAGCAAGUUUUCAACUAAAGACGAACCUCAUUGUUUUCAUCAUGUGGCGCAAGAGAUGGCUAAAUAAGUGUAUUAUAUGAAUUACGUUGUUACAGAUGUGCUUUUAUAUGAGAUUAAAACCCUCAUUGAGCCCACUUUUCCUUUCUUAAUCCCAGGUUCUAAUUGGUUCCUAAUGCACGUUUGAUACUCACUUAUGUUUAACAUGAUCUCCCACGUCUGUUACAUUUAAAAAGCUGUUAUAAAAGACAAUUUUCUUUUGUCAUUUGAAUGAUAAUUUGGCUUUAUUUAAUGCAUAAGUCAGGAUGAAAUGGGGUGUUUGCUCGUAGAAGCGAAUGUUUAGUCUUUUCAGGUAAAAAUCAAAUCACAGAAAGGGAAAAGCAUCACAAAUGCUCCUGUUUUGUCAUUCAGCUCAAAACAUUGUGUGUGUGUGUGUGUGUGUGUGUGUGCGUGCGAGUGUGUUGCAGUGUUAUUAAGGCUCUCCUCGCUGCAAAAAAAUUCCUGUUCAAAUGCACAGUGUGACAUAGAUCUGUGAAGAUAUUCUAAUCCUAGCAUUUCACCAUCUAUUUUCUAUCAGAAGCUAAUGCAGGAGAUGGGGUAGGAGACUAUUUUCAUGUUCUGCCUGCAUGAAAAACAUAGUGACUGAUUAUAAUCAGAAAUAAUAAUUUUAAAAAAAAUUCAGUCAACCACACCUUUAAGCUCUUGUUCCCAGCUUUGAUUUUACACAUUUCUCAUUUAGUUUAAUGUGCAAAUGGAAAGAUCCAGGGCUGAAAGCUAAACCAUGAGCUGGGGAUACAUAAACACAAUUAGUCUGAAUGGAGAUUAUUAAAUCCCCCAGUUUAGUGCCUUUUGUUUUUGAGCUUUUAAAAUAUUUUAUUUUAGGAAUAAAUGAAGGUUUAUUGUUUAAUUUAAGAAUAAGUUAACUUUACACGGUAAACCGACGUUAAAGUGGGCUCAGUGAGGGUUUUUUACAUUUUUGUUCCCACUUACUCAUUUGUUCUUUUGUGUAACCUCUAAUCCAUACCAAGUGUUUUCUCUGAAUGGCUUAUUUAUUAUUUUACCGCUUGUACAGCAGUGUUAUUACACCAACAUUUAUACUGUUACAAUGGUUGUGAUGGUGAUCGAAAUACUGUUAAAGAACUUAUGCAACAAAAGGAGAUGGGGAUUUGAAGUUGGUUUAAAAUGGACUAGUGCAAGGUUACAGUAUUUUUCUACACAAAGAGAAAAACUGCAAAGAAGUUUAAAAGUUUGAUCAUAAUUGUUUCUCUUUAAUGAAUAAAAGCACAUUUUAAUUUACUCAACAGCUUUUGGUGAUUUCAUAAUUGUAUUUUCUUAAAGAAACUGCGACGUAAAACCAGGAAUGAAAGCUCCUAAACGGCUGAGGGGCAUUAAAAUAAAUCUGUUUCCACAAUUUUCUCUUCCAGGUGUCUGAUGGCUUGUGUGUAAACCAUGAGUCAGCUGCUUGUUUCAUCACACACAACUAAAUAUUUCAGCCGUCAAAACAAACUUGCUUCGGUAUCAGACCUGUGUAUAAUGGAUCCUAUCCACACUGUGACCAACAUGUUGGAAUGUGGGGAAGCCUUUAUUUUUAAUACUCUGUCUUGUUUCCUUUCAUCCUGGUCACAUCAGUGUUCUGUUGCUUUUAUUCUGAAGUCAGCAUUAUCUGGACUAUUCAGACCCCAUAAAUAGAAAUGAAAUGGCAAUGAAGAAGAACAAGCAACACCAUGAUGUACUGUUUAAACUGUAACUAAAACAUCCUCGAUGCUUGAAACAAAAACCUGAAUAAAACCCACCACAGUCCGUUCAAACCCUUGUCAUAAUGUAUAUUUGUACAUGCAUAAAUCAACAUAAAGCUCCUUGCUUUAUUUUGGCAGCGCAGGAUGUAAUAAAAUGAACAAAUAAGGAACAAGCUGAAUUGUUUUAUUUACUCAUUUUGAAAUGUUUCCAUACUUAUUUAGGUAGCAAAUAACCUCCCAUUUGCCAUUUUAUAUUCCCUGUAUAAAAAAAACAAACACUUUGUACAUACGUGUGGUUUUGUGUUAUAGAAGUGUCCGGAUAUUCUAGAGUUCUAAAUAAUGUUGGUGGUUUUCAUCUCACGCGAUUGAGGAGCUGUGGAUUGAAAUGUGCUUCCGACACCGUGGAACCACAUUGUAAAUAAAGCUAGUUUCAAACAUG